AUGGCCGCCUCCUGCACAGAAGGGGAGCCUAUCGCUGGCAUUAGAAAGAGGCAGCAAUUCGGGAACCGGUUCCUGAGCGAUCCAGCGCACGUUUUCCACCACAAUGCCUGGGACAAUGUGGCAUGGUCGGAAGAACAGGCCGCAGCGGCGGAGGAGAAAGUCCGGGAGAACAGUGCCCAGCGAGUGUGCCCGGAGAAGCAAGCUGAUUAUGAGAUUAACGCCCACAAAUACUGGAAUGACUUUUACAAAAUCCACGAAAAUGGAUUUUUCAAGGAUAGACAUUGGCUUUUUACUGAAUUCCCUGAGCUGGCUCCUCAUCAAGACCAAAGUCACAUGAAGGAUUUGCUACCAGAGAAUAAGAAACCAGAAACAUCUGAACAUAAAAGUAGUGUGGAUGAAUCUGAUUUAGUAGAAGAACAGCAUGGGUGUUCUUCAAACAGUUUUGGACAUAAAAUAUCUCCUGUGGAGAAGAAUGUAAUUCAGAAAUUCAAUGAUCUGGAAAUCUGUGCUGAAGAAUUUCCUGGGUCCUCAGCCACCUACCGAAUACUUGAGGUUGGUUGUGGUGUGGGAAACACAGUCUUUCCGAUCUUGCAAACCAACAAUGACCCAAGACUCUUCGUUUACUGUUGUGAUUUCUCUUCCACAGCUGUGGAGCUAGUCCAGACAAAUCCAGCAUAUGAUCCUUCCCGGUGCUUUGCCUUUGUCCAUGAUCUGUGUGAUGAAGAGAAGAGUUACCCCAUGCCCAGCAACAGUCUUGAUGUUGUUGUCCUCAUCUUUGUUCUUUCAGCAGUUGUUCCAGACAAGAUGCAGAGCACCAUCAACCGGCUGAGCAGGCUUCUGAAGCCUGGAGGGAUGAUGCUUCUGCGAGACUAUGGACGCUAUGACAUGGCUCAGCUUCGCUUUAAAAAAGGUCAGUGUUUGUCUGAAAAUUUCUAUGUGAGAGGCGAUGGCACCAGAGUUUACUUCUUUACACAAGAUGAGCUGGACACGCUUUUUACCACUGCCGGAUUGGAAAAGGUGGAGAAUCUGGUGGAUCGCCGCUUACAGGUGAACCGAGGGAAGCAGCUGACAAUGUACCGGGUCUGGAUUCAGUGCAAGUACCGACGGCCUCUUCCAUCCAGCACCAGCUAAGCGACACCCGCUGCUGACAUGUUCUCUGCUCCGUGGGACUCUUGAAAAAUACGGCCACAGAUGUUGGCCUCUGAUGUUGAACAGUUCAAAUGCUCAGACAUUGAACCCGAACCUAGGAAAAAUACCAUCGCCCUUUUUUUUUAACGUAAAACUGAAAAUCCUACUUUAUAUUUGUGAAAUACUUGACUAUA